GACGUAGUGAGCGUGUGGUUUUAGUACAACUCAGUCGAUCAAUAUGCGCGGAUCAAAAUUUUCGAUGUGAUUUCGAAGUGCUCUGUUUACUUAGUAUUUCUUCUUUGUUUCGGUCUUCCGGGAACGUACACUUGCGUGAGUGCGAGCGUGACUCGUGUGACCAAUGUUUCGUCAUCACACCGCACAGUUUGGCACAUGUGCCAGUGAAGUUCACAAAACGUUGUGCUACUUCUUUGCAGGAGUUAACAUUUUCCUAGCAAUCGACAUACUGGCUGAUCUCAGUACGGGCGAUAUUCUUGAAAAACUGGACGAAGAUGAUUCCGACGAACGCUUCGAUCGGCAACUUCUGGGAUCCUCUAUUUCGUUGUUACCGUUGGGACCAGCUCUUGCCAACAUUGUUUUAGCGGUGGUGUUGAUCGUUGGAGUGUACACGAGGCGUCCAGCGUUUAUUCGGAUUUUCAAACUAUUUGUUAUUGCCCAAAUUGUGGUGCUGUUGUUCGCAGUAUUUUUUUCACACAGAUUUUUGCUGACACACGAGGAAAGCUACAUAGUCAAUAUCAUAGUCCUUGCUAUAAUUAUAGCUUUGUUCGGAACCGAAGCUUGGAUUGCCGGAGACUACUAUAAGUUACUGAUGGAAGAGAUUAGGCUCGAAAGCUCCGCCACGAUUUUGGAAGCCUAGGUUCCAUAUAAUGUUUGGUGGAAUCCUGUUGGUAACUACGUCCGAUAUUUACGGUUUCUGACGAUAAAGUGCAGAAAUUUUCUCAAAUAAAUCUUAUGCUGUGACCGAUAUAAUUUUAUUUCUUUUUCACAUGUAUGAUUCACCUCAAAUAUAGAUUAACUCAAGCCAUAUUGUGCCGGUUUCAAGAGAUAACGAUUUUUUUCUAUUCUUUCGAAAGAAUUUAUCCGUUUUUUGUUUUGUGCUCCUGAAAUCGUUUGAAAAUUGAAAUGUUUCGUUUUCAAAAUUGACCCGUUUAAUACAAAAAA